AUGGAUGGACUUGUAAACCUGUCCAGGAAGACGUGUUCAUGUUGUGAGUUCCAAACAGAUUCACUACCAUGCAACCAUGCCAUUUCAGCAAUAAGUAAAUGCAAACAUGAAGCCAUUGAAUUCUGCGUUGACUAUUACAAGACAACUGUUUUGGUGGAGGAUUAUGCGAGGUCCAUUCGUCCGGUAGGGCAUCCUAGUGAAUGGGACAUCCCCCAUCAUGUGAAACAAAUUAUCGUCUUGCCACUACCUUGGCGAGGCCAAGUGGGAAGAUCUAGGAGGAGAAGGAUUCCAUCGGCUGGUGAAGGGAGUCGAGCGCUAAGAUGUUCGCAAUGCAAGAGGUACGGGCAUAACAGACAGAAUUGCACAUCCCCAUUUGCAGUUCCAUCCAUAAAUCCGGCACCAUCUCCAAGUUAA